AUGGGACCGGAUGAUCCCGAUGGGCCCCUUCCAACUCCGGUCACAGCCCACGAUCUCCUGGCACUGUACGGGAUCAGCCCGGAGAACAUCAUCCUGUACGGGCAGAGCAUCGGCACCGUGCCCACGGUGGACUUGGCCUCUCGCUACGAGUGCGCGGCCAUCGUGCUGCACUCGCCGCUCACCUCCGGCAUGCGCGUCGCCUUCCCCGACACCAAGAAGACCUACUGGUUCGAUGCCUUCCCCAACAUCGAGAAGAUCUCCAAGAUCACCUCUCCCGUCCUCAUCAUCCACGGCACGGAGGACGAGGUCAUCGACUUCUCCCACGGGCUGGCGCUGUUCGAGCGCUGCCCCAAGGCCGUGGAGCCGCUCUGGGUGGACGGGGCCGGGCACAACGACAUCGAACUCUACAGCCAGUACCUCGAGCGCCUUCGGAAAUUCAUCUCCCAGGAGCUGCCCAGCCAGCGCAACUAGGGCGGGGCGGGGGGCUCUGCUGGUCCCCCCCGUGUCCCUCCCCAGCCCCAGGCGCAGUGACUUUGUUCGGGCUCGGCGGCAAGGAUGGCGUUUCCUCUGGGACACAAGCACAGCUCUCCCGGUGCCAGCCCUGGCGCUGCUGGCACCUCUGGCACGGCUGGGCAGACGCGGCAGCUCCCUCCUCCUCCCCUUCCCAGAGACACGAGAGCCCCCCCUCCGACGGCGGAUCCUUGGCUUCGGACACGUCCCCGUCCCCUCUCCCAGGACAGCGAACCCCGAGCCCCUCCCGGCCGCUCUGCUGCUCUGACAUAGCAAUAAUGCGAGCUGGAGAGGGGCUGGGUGGCACAGCCCCCUCGCCGCUGGCCCAGGGGGCGGGACAGAGGAGGUUCCCACAGUGGCAGUUCCCACUCCACGGAGCUUUCCCGGGACCAGCGCUGGCGGUGCCCGGAGUUCACCCCACGGCCGGGGCAGAGCCGUGUCCCCGCGGGGACGAUGGGGAUGCACGGAGGAGGUGCCCUCCUGCCCCACACCUCCUCCAGUGUGGCCCUGCUCAGCCUUCCCAGAGCACUCCCAGUGUUCUGGUCACCCCUGGCAAAGCUCCUCGGGGAGCGGGGCGAGGGGCCCGGGCACUGAAUAAAGAGCAGAGGUU